AUCGUCAAAACCCUAAUUCGCAUCGCUAUAAAUUCUUCUCCUCUUACAAUCAUUCUUCGCUCAGCUAACCGCGCCCCUUGGUCUUUCUUCAAUUUAUUUCACACGACACACUGUUUCCAGUUUCAACUGUUAUGGUGUUGAGUCGUGAAUCUUCUUUGUUUUACCAUUUGAAUAACAGUGUCGGUUUUAUUAGCAAAGCAAAGCAAGUCAGCUUCUUGAUCGGAUCUUGAAACUUGUACGGUCCGUUCAAUUUAAUAUCAGAAAACUUGCGAAAUUGAAAUUACAAGUCCAGUAUCACUCGCCUGAAUCUGAUUUCUCUACCUGAAGUUUUCAGGCCCUUUUAAUGCUGGCAUAUUCUUUUCUUUUCUUUUUCUCUUUGGAAUUGGGUUCUAAUGUUAUAUUUUAUUUGAAUAGAAGCAAACGCACUCUGUCCCAAAACCGUUUGAUAUAAAAAACGAAGUUGUUUUGAGGCAAUUUCUUCGUUUGCGACAUCAGUUAUAAAACUUCCAACUUACUCGCCCUUAUGAUCCUUUAUUUCUCUGAUCUUACUGGGCACAUGGUUGGAUUACAUUCUUUUUAAGUUUUCUUUUAUUAUUUACUAUAUACACAUUACUCGUCUAUCUAUUUAACUGCGGACUGUUGAACCCAAAUGAAACAGGAGAACAGUCAACAAAAAUUAGAGAAAUAUUUGUCAAAUUAAUCGUUCAAAUGAGGUUGAAUUAAAUAUGAGUGGCAAUGGAAUGAGGUUUUGGACUGUGGAAUUUGUUAUAAGUCCAUGGAUCCGGCAGAACUACGUCGGGUGUUUCAAAUGUUUGAUAGAAAUGGAGAUGGAAAGAUAACAAGAAAGGAACUUAGUGAUUCGCUACAAAACUUGGGCAUUUAUAUACCUGACAAGGACUUAAUUCAAAUGAUCGAAAAGAUAGAUGCAAAUGGAGACGGGUUUGUUGAUAUUGAAGAGUUUGGAGGAUUAUAUCAAACAAUAAUGGACGAGAGAGACGAAGAGGAAGACAUGAGAGAAGCAUUUAACGUUUUCGAUCAAAACGGAGAUGGGUUUAUCACAGUCGACGAGUUGAGGUCGGUCUUGGCAUCGCUGGGGCUGAAGCAAGGAAGAACUGUAGAGGAUUGCAAAAGAAUGAUAAAGAAAGUUGAUGUGGAUGGAGAUGGCAUGGUUAACUAUAAAGAGUUUAAACAGAUGAUGAAAGGUGGUGGAUUUGCUGCUCUUGGUUCAAGUUAACUCAUAAUCACACACACACACACACACACAUAUAGAGAGGAAAGUUUUAUGCAUGGUUGAUAUAUAUAUUUUUUGGAGGGGUGCCUCUUGCAGGAAACCUCUUUGUAUCAUGAAAUAUAUAUACAAUGUCUCAUUUCUAAGGGCUUAUGUUUAUCAAUUAGUUGUUAUUAAGAACCUUGUUUGCGAUUUAAUUUAGCUUAUGUAUUCUGUUUUUAUGGUUUCAUAGGCAAAAGGGAAAACUUUUUCUUCAA